AUGUCCCCAAUCCCAGUGUCCAGCCGCAUUCGUCAGAUCAUCACCCAGCGCCUGUCAGAGGAGCCCAGCCCGCAGAGCGCCCCCUUCACCUCUGGUGGCGGCUGUGAGGUCAGUGAGUUGGAGGAUUGCAGGGUCCUGAGGGAGGAGUUUUGUCUGAGCCCUGCAGACUGUGACCAGACAUUAGUCAAGAUGAGCCUCACAGACAAGCUUGACCAGAUGCUUCGGCUGCAUUCAUCAGUGGACUCCGACCAAAACAGCUCAUCAGGAACUCUACAUCUGCAAAGUCCAGAGAGGACUUACUGGCAAAAAUUGCAGCUGUACCAGGAAGCUCAGCAAAGGCAGGCACAUCUCGUUCAGAAACUUCAGGCCAAGGUUCUUCAGUACAAAAAAAGAUGUGGGGAUCUUGAAGUGCAAGUCCUGGAAAAGACUUCAGAAUCGGAAAAAAUUAGAUUGUUGCUGCAGAGCCGCUUGGACUCAGCCCAGCGACAGCAGCGCACAGAGGACGAGCUUAGCCUCCUGAUCCAGAGGAAGGCCAAUCAGCUCGAUGAGGAGCACAACAAGUGUGCCAGCCUUAGCCAAGUCAACUCUGUGCUGAGGGACCAACUGGAACAAGCUGGCACCGUGAACCAGGACCUCAGUGAGAGUCUACGGAAGGCCCGAGCCGAUCUAAUGCUUUGUGAGAUGCAGAUGAGGAAAGAGAAAGAGUCCAGCGCCUCCCAUCUCAGCCGUGAGCAGGCUCGUGUCAGGGCUCUGUGGCGCCAGGCUGCCUCCCUGCGAAGCACUUUCACACAGCUAAGGACUUUCACUGACAGGACCCUGUCAGAGAUGCGUGGCGAGUGUGUUGGUGUGAGCCGAGAGCUGCAUGGAGUCUGCCUGAAUCUCGAGGCCAGCUUUGUAAAGGAGAGCACCCCUUGUGGUGAAGAGUCAGAACCAGAGUUGCAACUAAGGAGGAAACUCAAAGAUGCCAUGCAGCUACAGGGCAGAUGGGACGCAGAGAAAGUGGAGCUGUCUUCCAGGAUGCUGGAGCUAAACGACAGAAUCAAACAUCUGCAAACUCAAAGCAGUGUGAAGGACACGAGCCUGGACACCAUGCAGACCAGCCUGGACAGGAUGGAGACGAGAAGAGCAGAGGACAAAGCAGAAAUGGAGGCACUGCAAACAGAAAACCAAGCUCUGCAAAAGGUCAUACGCCACAUACACCAGAUAGUAUUGAGAGAAAAUGAUAAUGGCAGCCUUGACAGUCCAUCCAGCGUCCUUACACAUGGUUCUCCUUUGAGGAACCCUACACUGAUAGCUGUACAGAACACGGUUUCUACACAACAGGAGCAGAUACAGGACCUGCAUGGGUGUCUAGAUGACACUUUAGAGCAGGUUAGCACACUUCGCGUCAGACUUGAGGAAAAUGAUUUGGAGAAGAAAGAGUUAGAGAAGAAGAUCCAGGAGGCUCAGAAGGAAAGUGAAGAGGCCCAAAUGGCUCUGGAGGAAAGUCUGAGGGAAUGCAAACAAUACCAGACCUCACUAGACCUCAUUUCCUGUGAAAAGAGCAAGCUGGAGGAUCUAGUGUCAGGACUGCAGCAGGAAGUGGACAGGCUGAGGGGUUCGUCACAUGAGCUGCAGAGACAGAAGGACGUCCAGAGACAACACAGAGAAGACCUCCAGCUCCAGCUCACACGACAGUGCACAGAGGCCCAGAGGAGUGAGAGAAGUCUUGAGGAGCUUGAAUCAAAACAUUCUGACAUGCGUAAGGAGCUGGUGAUGGUUAAAGAAGCCUUGAGUCAAAUGACUCUACAAAAAGAGCUGUUAGAAGAUGACAAGACUAGUCUCUCUCUUGCUCUCAGUAAGAUGGAGUCCCAGUGCACCGCUCAGGAGCUCUCACUUGCCAAAAUGCAGAGUCAGGAUGCUGCACUUAAAGACUCACUGUCCAAGAUGGCAACUCUGAGUGAAGGCUUAGCUAAAGACAAGGUGGAACUCAACCGGGUUCUGCUGCAGAAAGAGCGUGAAAAGGCUGAGCUCAGUGAGCGCAGGCGUGAAUCUGAGAUGGAGCGUUCUGCAACCAGAGAGGAGGCAGUCCGGCUGCAGCAGGACGUGAUGGAUCUGCUGGCAGAGAAACAGGCUCAGGAACAGUCCCUCAGCCACAUGCAGCGACUGCUGCAGGAGCUGGAGGCUGAGCGCAGGCUGCUGCACACAGAGAACACGCAGGCCACAGAGCAGCUCUCACAGGUCAACAAGCAGAUGCAGCGUGUUUCAGAGGAGCUGUGUGCGUGCAGAAGGGAGCUGGGGACACAAAGCGCUGCCUUGAAGAGAGUGUCCAGUGAGCGGGACAGGCUGGCCAGGGACAGGGCUGCUCUGGAAACCAAACUCUGCUCUGCUGAUCGAAAGCUUUCUGAUUCAACAGAGGACCUGGAAACUCUUCGGUUGAAAAAGGAGUCGCUGGAGACCUCACUGUUUGAGAGCCAGGAGCUUGUUUCUUCCCUGGAGGCCGAGUGCAGCAGGAUGGAUGGGGAGAGGCGCAGUUUACUUGCUGCUAACGAGGCCUUGACGCGUGAGUAG